AUGCGCAGACCGCCUCGAGAGGAAGAUGACACAAAUUACCCCUGCCAAAUCUGCGGUUUGAAAUGCCAGCACAGCGAGCAUUGGUAUUUUUCGCUUCCUGGCGACAUAGGGGACGAGGUCAACGUGGAAAUAGAGUGGUGUAGUAACGUCCUCCUGCUUUGCGACCCAGACGACGAAUUCGGCCAGCUUCUUCCCGAUUUCACGUACCAAAACAUGCCACAACUCAUCACGCCACCGGACCAUCGACAGAUCCCGGACACUAUUCGACCCAGAUGCCAAGCCUCCGACAUCGAGGUGCACGAGGCCAACUACUACAUCGACGGUUCCUUGGAGCGGGUGACGCCUGAAGGCUUUAGUGUCAACUUGAACUACAGAGAGCGCGAAACCGAUGACGAGCGGGUUUACAUCCCCGUCCACGCGGCAUGCCUGGAGAUGGCCAGAAGGGUGGCCGCGUCCUCUCGGAUCGCACACAUCAAGAGCAUGCGGGGACUCUUCCUGGCCCUUCGCUGGAGGGAUGGGAUCUCGGCCAAGUGCAACUUGUUGUGGGGUAAUGGGUAUCCGGAAGUGAACUACAUGCUCGUGAGCCACGGAUUCUACCUGCCACAUCGGCGGUGGAAUACCGAGAAGUAUCACGGCAUGGACUGGUCCGGUCCUCAUCCAACCGCGAGAGAAAACCUGUUCCAUGCGCUUGCACAAAAUCCUCUGGAAAUUGACGACCUGACGACGUGUCUCCUCAAAAACCUCCAACCCUGUCGACAACGCACAGCUCUCACGGGCGAGUCUAGGAAGAUAGCCGCAAACAUCGACAAGCUACCGAGAGAGAUCGUGAACGCCAUUUUCUACGAGAUGGGAUGCAAAGAACUCCCACGCGCCUCAACGCACCUGGCUUCUCAGAGCAUAUGGAAAGACCAGCUCAAGGCAGGCUCUCGCGGAUUUCUGCCCUGGCUAUGGGACAUCGACGUCGACGCGAUCGACGCCAAGGACGCCGAGCUGUGCCCCGGCGGCGCCGGGUUCGAGUGGGACUGGGAGCUACUGGUCCGCCAGCUCACCCGCGGAGUCGACUACGGAGUCCGGCCAGAGUUCCCCGGGGGCACGCGUCCUAUCGUACCCUCACGUGUUCUCAGCGAGAAGAGGACGUACAACACGGUCUGCACCGGUUACCAUACGGAUCUCGCUAACGUUCCCGCCGGGUUGCACAAUCGCCGUCGGAUCUGGCAGCUCCUGGAGGAGAUGUUCGUCGGCGACUCUUUGCCCCGAGCAGUCGGAUACGAAAGGCGCAGGGGUGGGACGGUCCAUGUUCCCGUGCGGAAAGAAUGCGUGCCUCUUUGGUGGGACAAGUCUGGGGAGCGGGUGUUGUCGUCUCCGAUACCGAUUCCGUCGAUCAAUGGCAUCAACCGCUUCGCGAGACGGCUCGGCGGGGAUGUCUUCGCAGUAGAUGAUGGAGAAGACGAUAGGUUGCAAUAUUGGCAGAUGCCUCCGGAGGAGUCCCGUGAUGGAGAUCCGGCUGCUGGUGGUUCAGAGGAGCCUAAGACUUCUCCGGCGACAGUGGAAGAGAUCUAUGCUGUCUUGCGACCGUUAGGCUAUCCCGUUUGA